AGCUGUUGAUUAGAUCAGUAACUUCACAAAAUAGUGAGUUUCUUUAGAUCAGGACACCUGAGAAAGACCACCAACAUGCUUCAAAAUCUGCGAAAGCAUGAUGGAUAUAAAACUACAAGCAAAGUCAGAUGCUGCACUGUAUUUUUAUUUUUGCUUUGAAUGCAAAAAUGCACAUCUUCCUAAACAACAGGAACUGCCAUAUGUGGUCAGAUGUCUGUAAGGGCGAGCAUUAGGAUAUGAGAUCAUAGGCCACGUUACCUUACCGAAGAUCAGUUAAAGAACUUGACUAACACUUUCAGAAUAAAAGCAGAGCCCAGAGCAAUCAAGAACUGAAGAAUUUCCAGAAUGAGUCAAGCUGAGGAAAGCAGUGCCCACUCAACAUGGAAUAUUGUGAGGUCAGUAGUCUGCAUAAUACUGAGCUUGUCAUUUAUUAUUGGGACCCCUGGAAACUGCAUCGUCAUCUGGACUGUUCUUAGAAAAAUGAAGCAAGUAUCUCUUUCAGUCCUGCUCAUCUUGAACCUGGCCAUUGCUGAUGUCCUUGUACUGAUCACUUUACCAGUCUGGAUUUACUCCUUUGCUGACUCAUGGGUUUUUGGGCUCAUGUUCUGCAAAAUACUGGUUUUCAUUAUUUACUGCAGCAUGUAUGCAAGUAUAUUUCUAAUUACAGCACUGAGCUUGGAGAGGUUAGUGGCUGUGUUGUACCCUUUCACAAUCCAAAGAUACAAAAGAAAAGAAAAGAUUUCUUUUAUCGUGUUCCUCAUUUGGUUCCUGUCUAUUACUUUUGGCAUUUCUGUCAUUCCAUUUCAAGAGACGGAAGAAAUGAAUGGUCAACUGCAAUGCACAUGUCGCAGCUACUCUUCUAACAGACAGAAAGUGUCGUAUCUCUUGCUGGAGACCCUUGCUGGUUUUGUAAUCCCUUUUCUCAUUAUUUGCACUUGUUAUGUGUGUGUAGCAAGAAGAAUAAGCAGAAUGACUUACCAAUCUAAGCAGCGAUCAGGACGUCUCAUUGCCAGCAUCGUGGUGGCAUUCAUUCUGUGCUGGUUCCCUCACCACGUGUUUAACAUCCUAGAUAUUAUUUCGAUUGAAAUAGAACUCUCUAAUGAAGAGAUGUCUUUGGCACUGGAUAAAAUUGUAGACAAAGGAGUGUACAUCUCUGGAGCGCUUGUAUUCAUCAGUAGCUGUAUUAACCCUCUGCUUUAUGCUUUUGCUGCACGAAGAUUUCAGAAUCACCUGAGAUUUGCCAAGAUGUCAAAGCUGUUUGAGCAGAUGAGUCAGACUGUAACAGAGGAAGACAAGAAAAGAAGUUUGGUUGUAAACAAACAAGAAGAUGCUUUAGUAGGCACAGAAAAUCUCUAACGAGGAACUCAAUGAUUAAUUUGUGUCAUUUCUUCAGUAGUCCUUUCUCCUCAUACUCUAGUUUCAUUUCUUAAGCAGUCCAGGGAAAGCUAGAGACAGCUCAAAGCUUUUUGGUUUGUUUUUUUUUCCUGUGUGCUUUAUAAGAAUUGGCACUGACAGCCUAGUUCAGUUCAGAAGUUAAUAUCCAUGUCACGAAAUGAGCAUUAUUUCACUUGUGCUGAGAACCUCAGCAAGGUGAGUAGAAGCUCAAAUUGUAAGAAAUACAGCAUUUUUACUUUCCAUUGAUAUUAUUUCUGAUUUCUAGGAAGUCUGUGAGCAGAAAGAACUCCUCGUGGAAAGGAAAGGUUUGAAAGUUUAAAGCUAAGCUUUCUUCAGAAAAAAAAUUGUUAGAUGGUCAAAAAUCCUUAUAUAAUCUGAAGUUUUAAAAGUCCAAAGUUAAAUUCUUGAUGUGAGUAAGAAGUUUUAAAGUACAAUAAUGACAUACUCUUCUGGGUUGGUGGAAAAUCUAAAGCUAUUUUUACUCAUUGUUUAAGUUUGAAAAUAAUAAUUGUUGUUUACACAGUCUAGUUCCUUCACUGCAUUACCUCGUGGUAAUAAGUUUGAAAAAGUCAAAUGUGAAGUGUGACAUGUCUCCAGAAAAAAAAGGAGGUAUGAGAACUCUGUGUUGUGUGACAAACAUCAUUACAGACUGCACGCUGUAUUUGAUGUCAAACACAUUGCAUACUUCAGUGGCAAUUCAACUACUGAUGUAUUAAAUAUAUAUACUCUUAGUAUCCUCAAAAUUUUUGAUUCAGUUAAGCUUCCAAGAUGUCCAUUAAAUUACGGAGGAACUGGAUCAUCCUUAGGUGAGAAGGAAGGAGAGAUCCCUUGAUACUAUUUGUAAUGUGUAAGAAAAUAUAGUAGCAGUACAAGGUAUAUAACAUCAGGAGAACUUCACCUUGCAAAUAGGAGUGUUGCUUUUUCUUCUCUUGUAGAAUAGAGUGGACUUUACCAUAAGAAAUUGAUAAAUUUAGUACUUGCAAGGAAUUUAGUUUUGUUAAUGUGUGCAACCUCACUGUGAAAUACUGCAUGUUAUCAAGUGUUUGCUUUUGAAGUUCUAUUUAUUUCAAUUGUCCAUAACAUUUUUAUGCUUACUCUUCUUAAUUUUUAAGUCAAUAAUUUGUAAUAAGAUCAAUAUAACUACUGAUUAAGAAACAUAUUGUAAUUUCCUGUAUCUUGUUUUGGACAGCUGCUAAAUAGUUAUGUUACUCAUUCUUACAAAGAAAUUACAAAUACUAACUAGAACUUAAUUUUCCAAGUCUGAUUAUGUCACAACCAAGCAUAUUUAAGUUGUAUUAAUUUAACUUGUAAACUGAAAUAACCAUGGGGAAGUAGGAUC